AUGAGCGACGAUUCAGCAGCUGCCGUAGAUGUUGGCGCAUCUUCUGAUUUCCCAGAAGGAAAAGGAUGUCAAGUAGACGUCAAGGGAAGACCCCUGAGUAUCUUUCGAAAGGAUGGCACCUUGUAUGCCUUGGAUCUUCAUUGUUACCACAUGGGUGGACCCCUGUCCAUGGGUGAUAUUGAGGAUUUGACACUUCCAGAAAAGGGAGAAUCCGUGGUUCAUCCCUGUGUGGUUUGUCCCUGGCACAAGUACAAGAUAUCCUUAAAGACUGGCGAAGGAAUCUACGUGCAAUCCGACCCGUUUGCAGCCGGCGGCGGCAACAAACAAGUCAAGUCCAGAGGACGCAAACAGCGGACGCAUCCAAUCCUUGAGGAUAGUGAUGGACGAGUCAAAGUCCAAUUGAAUCUAUCCACAGAUACCAAAUUUGAAAGUGACUACUACGCUACGGAGGAAAUGAAAGAAUUGUUGGCAAGGCAGAAGAAGGGAUAG